GGCUCCGAGCAGCUGCCGGCGCGGCGGUGACGGCGGCCGGGGCGAUGCCUGCGCGCAGCCGCCACGGCCCCCGUCUCCACUCCGGCUCCCCGCCCCGGGCUCCGCCCCCGCCGCUUGAGGCGCUUCACUCCGGCGAGGCGGGGAGGGCCCCGGACUCCGACGGCGGCUCGGACGCCGACUCGGAGGUGGGUCCGGGAAGCCCGACUCGGACUGCGGAGGUGAGCGGGAGCUGAGGCUGAGGAGAGGGGAGCUUGGGGGCGCCUGCUGCCAAGGGUGAGUGGGGAGUCUGGGAUGGAGCCGGGGGCUGCCGAGGGACUGCGACCUGCAGGAGCCCCGGGGAGACGGUUGAGGGAGCCGGGAUAGUCAGCUCUGGAAUGGAAUCUGAAGGAAAUGGAGGUUGUCGAACCGAGGGCCUGAGGCUGAGGGUUCUCACACCCAUUGAAUAAAGAAAAUAAGUUUUAGGCCAGGUGUGGUGGCUUACUCCUGUAAUCCCACCACUUCGGGAGGCCGAAGCAGGCAGAUCACUUGAGGUCAGGAGUUCAAGACCAGCUUGGCCAACAUGGCAGCGGAGGAGGAAAUGGCAGGUCCUAAUCAGCUCUGCAUUCGCCGCUGGACUACCAAGCAUGUAGCUGUGUGGCUGAAGGAUGAAGGCUUUUUUGAAUAUGUGGACGUUUUAUGCAAUAAGCACAGACUUGAUGGAAUCACAUUGCUAACAUUGACUGAAUAUGAUCUCCGGUCUCCUCCUCUGGAAAUCAAAGUCUUAGGGGACAUUAAAAGGUUAAUGCUCUCAGUCCGAAAAUUGCAGAAAAUACAUAUUGAUGUUUUAGAAGAGAUGGGCUACAACAGUGACAGUCCCAUGGGUUCCAUGACCCCUUUCAUCAGUGCUCUUCAGAGUACAGACUGGCUCUGUAAUGGGGAGCUUUCCCAUGACUGUGAUGGACCCAUAACUGACUUGAAUUCUGAUCAGUACCAGUACAUGAAUGGUAAAAACAAACAUUCUGUUCAAAGAUUGGACCCAGAAUACUGGAAGACUAUACUGAGUUGUAUAUAUGUUUUUAUAGUAUUUGGAUUUACAUCUUUCAUUAUGGUUAUAGUCCAUGAGCGAGUGCCUGACAUGCAGACCUAUCCACCACUCCCAGAUAUAUUCUUAGACAGCGUUCCUAGAAUCCCGUGGGCCUUUGCCAUGACAGAAGUAUGUGGCAUGAUUCUGUGCUAUAUUUGGCUCCUGGUUCUUCUUCUUCACAAGCACAGGUCAAUACUUCUGCGAAGGCUCUGUAGUCUGAUGGGAACUGUAUUCUUGCUUCGCUGCUUUACCAUGUUUGUGACCUCCCUCUCCGUGCCAGGACAACACCUGCAGUGUACUGGAAAGAUAUAUGGCAGUGUAUGGGAGAAAUUACAUCGAGCCUUUGCCAUUUGGAGUGGCUUUGGUAUGACCCUGACUGGCGUUCACACAUGUGGAGAUUACAUGUUUAGUGGCCACACAGUCGUCCUAACUAUGCUGAAUUUCUUUGUCACCGAAUAUACACCAAGAAGCUGGAAUUUCUUGCACACUUUAUCCUGGGUUCUCAACCUCUUUGGAAUCUUCUUCAUCUUGGCUGCCCAUGAACAUUAUUCCAUUGAUGUGUUUAUUGCUUUUUAUAUAACAACAAGACUCUUUUUGUACUACCAUACUCUAGCCAAUACCAGAGCAUAUCAGCAGAGUAGGAGAGCAAGGAUUUGGUUUCCCAUGUUCUCUUUUUUUGAAUGCAAUGUUAAUGGCACAGUACCUAAUGAAUAUUGUUGGCCAUUUUCAAAACCAGCAAUAAUGAAAAGACUAAUUGGAUGAAUACUAUCUUUCUAAUGAAUUUGUGAUUAAAUAUAUAAUAGUUGUUGAAAAUGAGUAACUUUGCGUUCUCCCCCUAGGUUGUUCUUAGAUGCCUGGCUUAUGUGUUGACAAAGUAAAGUUUUCUGUUCUGAGCGAAGUUAUGAUUAUAAAAAGCAAGAAAGAACAAUCAAGAGUCCUUAUGUAGCUGUUUGAACAGAAAGCUUAAGUAGAUGUUUUCUGCCCCUUCUCUUUAGGAAGACUUAAUGUUGUGAUUGAAGUCAGGCUGUACCCUUACCUGUUGAGUAUUUGCUUAUUGAACUUUAAACAAGUCAACUUGAGCAGUUUGCUGGUUGAGGAAUUUUCACUGAUUUCCAGUAGGGCUCUAGUCAAGAAAUAAUAUGUUUUGAAGCUCCUUAUUACCUUUAGAAGAAGAAACCCUACCAAGUGAUCAGUACUUGUUCUUUGGACUAAUCUCUGUUUCAAUUUAAAAAAUGCAACCAUGGGACAUGAUCUGUUUUACUGACAAACAGUUUUCGCCUUCUGAACCAUCUUUAAAUAUACUGAGCAUACCAGGAUGCCUGAAAUAAGAAGAGAAUGAAAGAAGAGGCCAUAGAUGACGUGACAGAGUACUGGCUAGGAUGCCUUUGGUCUCCUCAUUAAUGCAAAUGUAGGGCUGGCAUAUUUCACCAAAGAUGCAACAAAAGAUGCAGUGCCUAUUUUGUUCUGAGGGUUCAGUGUGACCAUCAGUGAGUAUUCAUGAGGGAAAAAUGGCUGCAUCCAUAAAAAUAAAUGGGCUUAAUGUUGGUGGUAUAGGUACCCAGAAUAACUUCUUUGUGCUAUAGUUGUUAGAUGACAGUCCAAUUUUAUGCUUUUUAGUGGUGUUAUUUAAUGAGCCAAAUAGGAGUGUUUUACCAGAUGUUAGAUAAAGUUCUUAACGUCAUUAAGUAGGGAGGUAUGCAUGCAAAGAAUUGUUUUCUCCUGAAAAGAAACUUACAGCACGCAAAAUAUAACUUUUUGGUUUUUGAAAUUUAUCAUUCUUGGCUGUUGGAAGUAAACAGUCUCAGACAUACUUGGAUAUGAAAAA